AUGGAUCAGGCGCGGUAUAUUGCUUAUCAGUUAUGUUAUGCGGUUAAAUUUAUGCACGACAAUCGACUAACGCACACCGAUCUCAAGCCUGAAAAUAUAUUAGUGAUUGAAGAUAGUAAGAAGAAGAGGCCGAUGAAAGUGGUUGAGGAUGCUCGUGUGCGUUUGAUCGAUCUCGGCUCGGCAACAUUU